AUGGACGAUGUCAAUACCCAUCAACAGCUGCGGCCGUAUUUCGAUCCGGACACGUUCAAUGCCGGCUACAGCUCCGUUUUCAAGCCCGACCAAGGUGUGGUAGACAGCCAUGGGUUUAGUAUUGCGUCGAAGCUGAACAUCAUGUCACAGUCCAAGUCCAAGUUGUCCAAAUCGUUUAGUGAGCCUGGAAUGCUAACCAGACUGACGACAGGCAUCAAAACCCAAGUACGCGAUGUUGAUAAUUCGGCAGAAGAAGCACAAAAAACCUUGAGCAAUAUGGAGUGGAACGACCUAUUAAACUGGAGAUCCUGGAAGAGCAUUGGCACGAAUUUGUUGGAACAGUUCCUUCGACGCUACGUCAGACACCUGGUUCAGCAACCUUUUGAAGUGUCUCGGUUGCUGUUACAAGUGAGUGAGUUUGAGUUCGCGAAGCCCAAUGACCAAUCGAAGAUCUCUUUGGAGUUGGAAGAUACCGCUAUCAACAAGACCUCGGGGCAUGGCUUUGAGCACGACGAAGAGGAGGAUGCGGAUGAGGCAAUCGAGUUUUUCCCGAAGGCUCACUUGGAUGAGGGCCCCAACUGGUCCGACUCUCCACAUUUGCCCCUCAAACACACCGACCACGGCGAGCACGACCACACAUCCCCCACGCUGACGAAAAAGAUUCAACCAGACUCUUUGCAUACUAUGGAUGUGCUCAAUGCUAUCAUGGAGGAAGAAGGCAGCCGCGGUCUUUGGAGAGCCAACAACACCACUUUCAUUUACAACUUCUUAUCAGUGACGCUGGACGCCUGGUUCACCGGCCUGCUAAGUCCUUUUUUGCAGAUCCCGGACCCCUAUUUCAUUGACAUUGUCCACUCGAGCGACCCGCGGAAAUCGAUUUUUUUGACGAUUGGCGCCAGCGUAUUUGCAGGGUUGGUUCUGCUGCCGGUGGACCUGAUCCGGACACGGCUGACCAUAACGUCCGUCAAGGUGGGCAACAGAAGCUUGCGCGACCUGCUGGGCCAUUGGUCGUGGUCACAGAAUGCGAGUUCGAUACCAUUGGACAUGCUGGCCUUGAAUGUUGGUCACUCCAUCACCUCGACCGUUUUCACGAAACUAACUGGCAUCCUGCUCUACCACCGGUUCAAAAUCGACCGAUUUUCGCAUGCCAUGUGGUACAACGUCCUGGAGCUGCUGUCGCAGAUGUUGGAACUCUUGUUCAGGCUCCCUGUGGAGAACCUUCUGAGACGCAGUCAGACCGCAUACCUGCUCAGGAACAAAACAAACGAUCCAUUCCCCGUGGUGAAAGACGACUUGAUCAUCAUCCCAAGAGAGUACAAAGGCAUAUCGGCCACGCUACGCGACACGCAUCGUGUCCACGAACUAUGGCGCGGAUGGAGGCUGGGUCUCCUGAGCGUGGCGUGCGGCUGCGGGUUGAAAAUGAUGAACUCGGAGGCCCUGGAAGAGGAGAAGUUUUGA